GCAGAUCCGGUCGUACACCGUGUACCCGUUUUUCCGUCAAUGUUUGUACAAUCGAUCCGAUUCCGAGGGAUGGUGAAUCGAGGCGAUCAGUCGUUCCCCUCGUUUCCGGCGGUCGAUAGCCGGGAUGGACCGGGAAGCGCAGGAUCCCCGAUCCCACCAUCCCAGCGGCCCCCCACCCGGAGGACGGAGCCGAAUCCAAGACGAGACCCGGGUCUAAUAUUAGACGCGGGGAAAGGCGUGUUCCCCGUCGAAAACCCAAGGAAAAGUCUUAAAAAUAAGCCUCCCAGUUUCUGCCCGAAAAAAUCGCGGACAGGAUUGUGGAAAAGCAAGGGGACGAGACGGCAUCUCCGCCCGACCUCCUCCCUCGGAAAAACCCCCCGCGGAAAAAGGUUUUCCACGGAAAACAGGUGUUACGCGAUUCCCCCGUUCGCCGGACGGAAAAGUGAAAGUGGACAGAGUGCACGGCAAGUAGAGGAUCCAAGACGCCCGCCGCCCAAGAUGUGAAGACCGGGAUCAGGACUAUCUUCAGAAGGAGAACGACCCCGGUUUUCCAGUUUUCCUUCGAAAAUAGAGAUCUUUCCCUUACCGCACAGACAGGCGACCCCGGCGAUAGGCCGAACUAAAAAUUGUCCAGAUGAAAAACCCUCAUGACGCCCUGUUUAUAAAGGCUCACAGGACGGAGAGGAGGAAGAGAAAGACAUUCCGGGAAUUUCCGCGCUAAUUUUCCGGGAAAUUCCUUUUUCUUUUUAUUUUCCCGAUUUUUUCCCCUUUUUUGGUUUUGACUAUGUUACUUGUCUAUUUCGUCUUUUGCGCUUCGCUCGUUAUGUCAGUACCUUACCCGGCGAAUCCCCCAGAAGAACAGAUGACGCAAGAUGGUCCGAUGAGCAUCGCGGAUUUCAACCCGAGGUGCGCUAUGUUCUCCGCGGGCAUCCCAGAGUCGCAGACGUUCUUCUCGCCCAGUUUCCCAGCCAACUAUCCAAACAACACGGAAUGUGUUAAAAUAAUCGAAGCUCCUCCGGGGCAUUAUCUUGAGCUCGACUUCCGGGACAAAUUCCGGCUCGAGCCUUCGGAGGAUUGCAAGUUCGACUACCUCGAGAUCCGCGACGGUGCCAACGGUUACGAUCCACUUAUCGGCACGUACUGCGGGUUCGCUUAUCCUCCCAAGAUCUCCUCCGUCGGUCGGUUCCUCUGGCUCAAGUUCAAGUCGGACGGCAACACGGAGUACUCCGGCUUCACCGCCGUCUACAAGUUCCUGCGGAUGACCGGCAAACAGAUCCCAGAGGCGCACUGCGAGAUCAAAAUGAGCGGGAUUCAAGGGUAUGUCAACAGAUCGGACGCAGACCCAGCGAGCGUGAAUCGCACCAUCGAGUACAAAGUGCCCCUCGAGUGCAUGUGGACGAUCAGAGUCAAAGUAGGAUGGAAGAUUCAGCUGAACUUUCAAAAGUUCGACCUGAAGGUGCCGAACGACUGCGACUCCAACUACGUUGACAUCUACCCGGAGAACACAGACAUGCCGAGCCAGAUCAACAACUUCUGCGGCUCGAUCGCAGACACUGUCCAGUCCCCUGAAAACGUGCUGCGCGUCAGAUUUUUCGCCAAGCCGGAGGCGAUCAACAGCAGUUUCACCGCCAUCUACACCGCCUACCGCGAGAAGCCCAAGGGCGAACCAGUUGGUUGCGAAGAGGACGAGUACGACUGCGAGGACGCCACCUGCAUCUCGGACGAAUUGAGGUGCAACGGAGUCAACAAUUGCCGUUUCAGAUCCGACGAGGAUCCGGCUAAAUGCCAACCGAAGGAGACGGUUUUGAGCGAACACAUGAUCAUCAUCCUUAUUGUAUUUUUUUUCAUACUCACCGGCAUGUGUUUCGCCUUUCUUUUCAACUGCCUCAGAAAGCUCAUCAGGGAUCACAGAAUAAUACAGGAGCACAUGAGACGGUCGAGGGAAGCGAGGAUGAACGAAGAAGAUUCCAAAAUCCCGACCGUAUUUUCGAAACGUUCGGACUGCUUCGUCCCUUCGGACGAGUCCAUCGUCUCCAACUUCAAAUCCUCCGAGGUCGAGACGCGGGAUUCGCAAGUGCAGACCCGCGAGUCGCUGUUCGAGACGGGACUCCCGGGGCCGAGGGAGGUGCAGCAGAACUGGUUCACGACUUUCGGCCGAGGGCCUCCGAGCGAGGAGGAUUCCUCCGCCUCCGUCAGGGCCACGUCCAUCGAGACGACCAAGUCCGCCCCGGACGUCAUCCUCACGCGGCACUGACCUAACUUCUGGGAACCCUAUAAGCGCAGGGUUCCCAGGGGCCAGCAACUUGAGCAAGAGACGCAGAGACUCUGAGGAAAACCACAAAAACAAAUUUAUAAAAAAGUGUUUUCGCUGUGUUCAUUCUAGUUUUUAUUUUUUAUUUGUUACUGGUAAUAACGAUAUUUAUAAACGAAAACAAUUAAUUAAAUUAGGAAAGACAAUA